CCAGUUUCGAGGUUGCUAUAACAUGGUCGGAUCGCUGCGGCUAUCGAUUCCAUUUUGGGACGAGUCACGCGACAUUAUUAUCUUGGUACGGUACACUGGUUCGGUAUGGUCACGGCACUUUUGCUGCACUUUACGGCGUCCGGCGUUGGGCUGGUAUGGUAACGGGACUGGCGAAUGCCGCUCUGGCCAGCUAUGCCAUUUUGGUACGGCAAUUGUGACUUGUUGGUUCGGUACAGGGAUGACACCGGGGCAGCGUACUGCAGCCUGCUUCUCAUUCUUAUGGCUCGAGAGCACCGGYCGGGGCAAGGAGUAGGCGUAGUGAGAGCCUACUUGUAUUUGGGACCGGGUGCGGUCAGGGAGGCCGUGGUGGGCCUCGCGACGACAGGGACUAGUGGCACAGUUAGCAGGGCGUUACGCUACCUAGGGGAAGAGGUAGCUGCCUUCCGAGCGGAGGACUCGAGCGAUCCGUUGACCCUAUUUCACGCACGCCCUCCUCUUGAUAUCACGGGCGAGCUGGUGGUAGCAAGGGACGGGUUUUUCCCGUACAGCGUUAGGAGCCUGCGGGCGAUAGUUCCGACGUUCGUAGUAGAGAGCGUCUUUGGAGGUAUUGGUGGAGUGGUCGAGACAUACCUGGCCUAUCAGGAUCGGCCUGCCGACCAAGGCUACAUCUUCUAUUCGCUCGCAACCGGUGGGCCUCGUUGGGGAGACGAGAGGGUUCAGCUUAUAGAGCUGAUCCGCUCGAUAGACGACGAGUGGCCCCAGUCUCCGUGCGUUUGGGAUUGGCUAGACCGCGAGCUCCGAGCAGGCCCCGAGUACGUGACCUGCAUCGGGCGGCUCUUCUCAGACGACUGGGAGAGCUGGUGGGGUGAGGACGCCGGGCGGCCUCUGAUAUACGGCCAUCAGUUGGCGCAAUACUACCAGGGUAUAGGACAGGCGCCAUACCGCGUCGAGGACGAGUUUGACGACGAGGGUUGGGAGACAGGGCUAGGAGAACUAGCAAGGAGGACGGAGAGAGACGCUCGGAGACUCUUGAGGGGUGUUGAUCAGGAGACAUUGGCUAGGUUUGGGACUGUGAUCUGUCUCGAGGAUAGAGGUCCUGUCACGGGUGUACUGCAGAUUCGGAGAGGCACGGCCUUGUUGGCCGAUCCCGAAGGAGAGGUUUACUUAGGCACAGGGAUUCUUGGGAUAGAGGGAGGACACGAGAUUUGCGACCGGUACGGGAUACUGGAAGUGGUAAUCAAGGCAGUCGAGAGAUGGCAAGAAUACCUAACUGCGGCUUCUGGUGGUCCAAUGCAACCCGACACGAUGGGGCCACAACCGACCACGCGCGAAGCGGGAGAGGAGUACAGGACAUCGCCCGAUCGACCUCUGAGGGAUCUGAAGGAACGAAUUAGGCAAGAAGCACCGCUGAGAUGGGCUGACCAAACCAAUGAUGGGGGGCCCGACGUAAGAGGCGAACCAGUUGUGACAGAGCCGCAGGAGGCUCUAAAGACGGGUACCUCGAGCGGACGACGAGAAGCGACGAGGCGACGCUCCCCCGAGUACGAGCGGAGGAACACCAUAGCGGACAGGCACAGAGACGACUGGAACGAGAGUUUGAGGGAUUCCUAUUGGAGGGACAGAGAUAGAGACAGGGCGCCGCCCAGGCGAGUCUUCGACCCCCAGACAGGGGAGUCACAUCCGCUCCCUUACGAGAGCAAGGAUCGCUAUAUUAUUACGCACAAGGCCUCAGAGCCUCCCACCUUCAGGGGUUAUGGUAUCACAGAAUAUCUGGAGAAGUGGGAGCUUCACGCCAGCCGGAGUAAGUGGUCGGAGGAAGAAAUUAUAGAGAACUUCCUAUUUAAUGUGGACCCAAGUCUCGGUAGGGAAGCUAAGGAAGCUCGACCGAAGGAUGGGAAAUGGACUACGUACAAGAAGAACCUCGUUGAACUUCACAAAUUGGAGGACAACAAGUAUUCCAUCAAGGACCUUGAAACAAUGACUCAAGAUGAAGAUGAGAGCGUACGGGCAUUUGGGAUGCGUUUCCAGAAGAUCUCCGAUGUGCUGAUGAAGAAGGGGAAGAUCUCAGAGGUCGAGCGCUGUACUAUCUUCAUCGGACACUUGUCCAAAGGCAGGCAAAAGAGUAUACUAAGAGAUCUUCCGCGCGACAGGCUUGAUUUCCCAGACGUCCUAAAGCUCGCGAUAAAGGCAGAGGCAAACGAUUACAAAGACUUCGUGUGGAGAGAGAUGAGGAGACAUACGAGAGAUCGGACCGAGACGGAUAUAGGGACGACAAAUACAAGAGGUCGGGUCGAGAUGGCUACAGAGGUGGUAGGUAUGAAAGAGGAGAUCGGGACUGGGAACGACGAGAUGGGUCGCAGGGGACUGGGAACGACGAGUCGCGCGGGUGGUACAACCGAGGGGAUCGACGCGAUGAGUCACGAGGGCGAUAUGACUCAGGGGACCGCCGGGAUAAUUCGCAAAGGCAGUAUGAGCAAGGAGGGUCUGGAGGACACCGCCGCAACGAUUCUCGCGGUCGGAAUGAGAGGGGGAUAUGACGUCUCAUCAGAACCAUAUCCCAAGUCGCCUGACCCCAAGGCAGCCAGGAGUUUGAUCUCUAGACGCGCAGACGACAGGCCAUCUACUCCCAGGAACUCAUGCGUCUACUGUAGAGGAGAAGAUCAUAUCAAGAGGGAUUGCCCGGACCUCAAACGGGCAAUAGAUGAGGGCCUUGUUGUGCUUGACGACCACAAGUACGUCAAGUGGGCAGAUGAUCUGGGAGAUGUAUCGAUGUUCCCUUCGAUGAAGGAGAAUGUCGAAGCAAGGAGAGUAAAGCCGAGUAAGGGAAUGGAGUCGGUCAGGAGCCAGAGCAUCAAGAUAACCUUUGAGGGGGAUAUCGCGACCACACCCAUAAGGGUGGCAGCCACCAAGUCGGCGAGAGGGUCUACAUCGAAGAAGACUGACACGGAUUACGUGAUGGCGGAGAAGGACGGGCAGCGGGUCGAUGGAGAGGAGGUUAUCCUUUCGCCGCGGAAGCGGGGAGUGAAGAAGUUCUUAAUGAAGAGUUCGCUGGACGAGAUUGACACGGUCGAGCCACUGAGGCGGGCCCUUCGGCAGCCCAUGCAGUGCUCUAUUCUGGAGUACCUGGCGACAUCGAAGUCGGCUCAUGAUGAGUUACAGAUGAUCACGCGGAAGACUCGCAUACCCCUAUCGGAGGAGAGUCAGGGGGCCCCUAAGGCGGAAGCUUCUACAGUAGCAGUAACGGGGGUGACUGCCAAAGCGGGUCGCAUGGCGACAGUCCUUCUCGAUGGAAUGGAAGGUGUGCCUCCAGACAAGUUUUAUAUACUUGGUAGCGGGGCCGUGGAGACGAUUAUAAACGAUGGAGCGGUACUCGAUGCUGUGAUCGAUAACGGCAGUGACGCUGUCAUCAUAGACGAGGACCUGGCAGUACAUGUUGGACUGGGCCUUGACAGGUCGUACCUAUUCGAGAUAGAGACGGCUGAUGGGAGAAGGCAACAGAUCACUGGGGUUUGUCACAAGGCAGCCAUAGAGGUCCAAGGGGUACGAGUGACCCUGCCUGUCUUUACAGUCAAGAAUUGCAGCUCCGACCUGCUCUUGGGUCGAACGUGCCUGAGCCACGUGCAUGCGGUGACGAUAGAGCGACCUGAUGGGAGCCAAACAUUGUCCAUUAAGAAUCCAGACGGGACGCGGGUAAUGAUUGAGACAAUGGAGCCUCGGGACCCGAGGAACAGAGCAACUCUCGCUGUGGGUGCGAGACCCAGUGAUCAGAUUAAGUCGUUGCCUAUCUCCGGCCGCGCGGUGCGAUUUCGCGAGAAGAAAUAUGGACCACUGCUCACAGAGGAAGGAGGUCGGAUCGUGGAGGUGGAAGAUUUAGGGAGUCGGCUAAUAGUGGACGGCAACUCGUACCCAAAGGAAAAAGAUGAGGAAUUUGGCGGUGUGGUAUCCGUGUUUUUUUUAAGGGCACGGCCCCCUAUGGGGGGGCUACCUAAGCGACACAAGCGAGUGGCUCAAAAAGUUAAGCUAGCGACAGUGGGCCGCGAGCGAUCUGCACUGGAAGGGAUAUCGGAAGAAGAGAUCGCGAAAGAAAUCAAAGAAAGAAAGAGAAACGAGUCGCAACGCCUAACGGAAGAGAGGAUAGCAGGGAUGGACAUCGGAGAUGGAAAUUCGAACCCACAGGAGCGAGAACGUGUGAUAGAAAUCCUGAAGACAUGUGAUAAGGUCAUAGCUUUUAGUGACGCGGAGCGCGGCAGGGUUGACCCUCGAUACGCUAAGCCAGCAAGGACCACAUGUUCCCUGGAAUGACGCGGGAUGGAAAUACGCCCAGAAGGAGAAGGAAGAAGUUAUCGCUUUCCUGAAAGAAAAGAUGGUUUCCCAUGUUGCGGAACCGU